CAGCGCGCGCGCUCGCGACGGAAAGCACGCGACGUUGAGCUGAAGAAGUCCUCGAACGCGUGUUAUUUACGAAAUUUCCAAUUUGCGAAAAAAAAAAAAAAAACUUUUGGUAUUUGAUGAGUGCGCGCUAAAGUAAAUUUUGUGGGUUGGUUUUUUGAUAAAAAAAUGAAUCUGGAAGAAUUAUUUAGAGGCUGGCUCUUACCUAUUUUAUUUCUGGUAUGUGGACAGUCGACAAAAGCUCACGUGCUAGGUGACGAAUGUAAUAGUGAUUGGGAAUGCAAAGAAGAUAUAUUAGGAUCAAUUUGUAAUAGAGGACGAUGUGCUUGUCAACCAUUUCAUGCCAGAGUAAACCAAACAAGUUGUGUACAAGCAACUCUACUGGGAUAUGAUUGCGUUGUUCCGGAACAGUGUUCUUUGAAGGUGGCCAACAGUAGUUGUCUAGAAGGAGCGUGUCGAUGUGUCGACGGUUUCCUGCAAUUCCGGAAGCACACUUGUCUCGGACCUGCAAGACCUGGAAACGUCUGUUACAGUAACGAACAUUGUCGAUUAUGGACAGCGGACAGCCAUUGCGAUUUUUUAAUACCAAACCUCUUCGGUAGAUGUUCCUGUAAUACGCCAUUCAAACAAGUCGGUGACGCUUGUGUAAGAUCGGCGUUCCAAAAUAAACCUACAACUGCUUCGACGACUAUUUCAACGUCGAGUAGUACAAUAACUACCACUUUUAUUACUACAACCACGACUCAGAAGACGGAAAUUGAAAAUCACGAUGUUGAAUCAAACGUAAUUGGACAUGAUGAUGAUAAUCAUCGGGAUGUUACUACAGAAAAAGAUAGACUUACUGAAAAGGUAUCUACAGGACCCGAAACUACCAGUCAACUUGCUCAAGUUACAAAAGAGGUUGUAUCAGACGUGGAUUUUACUACAAGAACUACAAUCUCGAGAAUAUCCACAACUACGGAACCUAAAUCUACCGUCUCUCCAACUAGAAUGAUACCUUCUAUUACAACAGUCGUACCUCCGACUACAACUGGCAUACGAACAAGAGUGGAAACCGGUGACGAGGCUGUUAGUUUGGGCUUACCUUGCGUAACCGAUAUGCAAUGCAAAAUGUCGGAUCCUUCGUCCAAAUGUUUCGAAGGUAUUUGCGAUUGUAUUAGCAAGACGAACGGUACAAAAUCUUGUUCGGCAAAGAAUCGUGGGUGCAUACCGGGAACAUUUCAAUGUCGAAGUACUGGAACUUGUAUUAGUUGGUUUUUCGUUUGUGAUGGCAGGAAAGACUGCAGUGACGGAUCCGAUGAAGAAUGCACACGCAACAAAUGCCCACUUGAGGCUUUCAGUUGCAAAUCGUCGGGGAAAUGUAUAUCAAGAGCAAAUAGAUGUGACGGAUCAAAAGACUGCCCAUUAGGAGAGGAUGAAUCGAAUUGUCAAGCGAUUGGUAAAAAAGGAUGUCCACCAGACACAUUCCAAUGUCGAGAUGGAAAAUGUUUGCCAGAAUACGAAUUCUGCAACGCAAUUAUAAGUUGCAGUGAUGGAAGUGACGAACCACCUCAUAUUUGCAAAGGUAGGGCAAGGAGAAGACGAACAGAAUAUUGUCCAUUAAGAUGCGGUAACGGAAGAUGUCGAUCAAGUGCAAUAGCUUGUUCUGGAAGAGACGGUUGCGGUGAUGGUACAGACGAAAAUCAAUGCUCAGUUUGUAGAUGUCCAGUCGUGAAGAGUCGCAAUUUAUAGUUUAUUUAAUGAUUUCUUUUAACUUGUACAAUGCCAAAAAUUCUGUAAAUUAUUUUUAUUAAAAUAAAUAAGUUUGUAGGAUUUACUUAAUGAAUUGUAUGUUAGUUAGUAUUUUGUAAUGCUCAAAAACACUAUUAACCCUUUGUAUUUUAUAGAUAUAGAUUUAUUUAUUUAAAAAUCAUUAGGUUUUUAGAAUUCUGUAAAAAUAAACAUUUUAAGUACUUG